GAGCUGUGCUUGGGUUGGGCGCAGCCCGCCACGGUGGACAGCCUGGCUGCUGCGUCAGGACAACUUGGGAAACGCCAUCUCUCCAAACUGUUGCGAGGACAGUAAAGAGUCAUGAACGGACAACCAUCCCCUAUCUUUGAAGAGAAGAAGCCGUCCCUCCAGGGCCCCAUCCCGGCCACCAAAGACUCCCCGAGCCUGCCGGAGUCCUCCCCCGCCGCGGAGCUGCAUGGCUUCUACGGCGGCCAGAGCGCGCUGCUCGGCGCGCAGGACUUCUACCCGGCGGCGCAGCAGCCGUACUCCGGCCAGCACAUGAACCCGUACGCGUACCACCACCACUACAACCUGAACGGGAUGGGCCCCCCCGGGGGCUCCUACUCCGUGGGGAAGACGGAGUACCCCUACUCCCACGCUGCGUACAGGGAGCACGGCGUUUUCAGCAGGGAGCUGCAGUCCCCGCUCCAGGACAGCGUGAAAGAGGAGCCGGACAUGGAGGUUCGGAUGGUUAACGGGAAGCCCAAGAAGAUACGCAAGCCCCGGACCAUCUACUCCAGCUACCAGCUGGCCGUGCUGCAGAGGAGGUUCCAGUCGGCCCAGUACCUGGCGCUGCCCGAGCGGGCCGAGCUGGCCGCCCAGCUGGGGCUCACGCAGACACAGGUGAAAAUAUGGUUCCAAAAUCGUCGCUCCAAGUUUAAGAAGCUCUACAAGAAUGGAGAAUUUCCACUUGGAGAAAUCCCCCUGGAACACAGUCCGGACGCCAGCGACUCCAUGGCCUGCAACUCCCCCCCGUCCCCCACCGUGUGGGAGAGCAGUAGCGGCGGCAACAACAACGGCAGUAGCAACAAUGACAGUAGCAGCAACACCGCUAACAGCAGCGGCUUCAAGAGCACCGUGUUGCUGGAUCCCACCAGCAGGGGGCCGGCUCCCUACCAGCCUCCGGUCGACUCGUCCGCCGCCUACGUAAACGAGUACGCUCACCAGAACUGGUACCAGCAGGGGGCCCACUUGGGUCUGUCGCAGUCGGGCCAGACCCACCACCCGCCGACAGCGCAGUCAUCCACGCAGAGCAUGGGGGCCGUCUACUGAUCCGGGAGUUUGGACACCCAGCGAUAUUUGAAAUGUAGCCCCUGAGUCACAUCCACAGGACUUCCUUUCUUUUACUAGGUGGACUUUGGGAUUUGCGGUGACCAGAAACACUUGAAACAUCAGACACGAGACCCGAGUCAUAACUGUAAACAUUAGAAAUGUGCUCCUGUAACAAGAUAAGGCUGAAUUAUGGUUCUGCGUCAAACCUACGCAGUAGGGUAGGCGGCUACGCAGGAGUCUCUCCGUAGCUACACCGUAGCCUGACCUGCACCUCCCAAAAAAUGGAACUACGUGUCGAGGCGACGUAGUCCCAACGCAGACCCAGAGGGCUGUGAUUGGUUCGCUUGGUAGCAACGCAUUUCCGGUUCGUGAAGCAGUCGUGAACUUUCAGCGCUCUUUUCUUCGUGUGUGUGGGAUUUUUUUUUUGGGUUGUUUUGUUUUUUUUCACAAUAGUUGUCCUUAUCUCUUUGAUUCACUGUAACCGGAAAAACCGGAAGCUAAACAAAGUAUCAACUAGUGCUCUGGGGGGGUACUGGACCGUGGAGAAAUGGAGUGACAGAGAAGUACGAAGGGUUCACGACGGCGUCACGGCAACGGCGUAAGCUCUGCGUUGGUUUAAGGCAGAGCCAUAAAUCAGGCUUUAUUCUGUACCGUGACAGUUAAUAUAUAAAAAAAAUCACAUGCCACAUUUCGGUGUAAUUUUACUCCCUUAAACCUUCCUCUCGAAAUGGCCUGUGACAUAGAAGUUUGCCACUAAACCAAAAUAACUACUGAAAGUCAUUAAAACAUAUUCACUUCUGUGAAACAUAUUCUGGGAUGUGUUGCCAUCGGACAGGCCCCCCGAGCUCCUGUUUCCAGUGUUUAUGCCCAGAUAACUGGCUCAAAGUUUUAGGUCUUGAUACCCCAUCUCUUCUUGGGUCAAGGGGCUUGAGGGUGAAACAGGUAAAGGUAGGGAGACUCACUCGAUGCUCCGGCAGAACUGUUCUCAGACUGAGGUGAGGACAAGCGUUUUAACUUGAACAGAUUUGGGGAGGAAGAUCAGCCGCGCUCCGCUGCUGAAAAGCUCACUCCUCUUUAAAGACACAAACAAAAAGAUCAGACUACCGUAUUUUCCGCACUAUAAGGCGCACCUAAAAGCCUUCAAUUUUUUCAAAAGCUGACCAUGUGUCUUAUAAUCCGGUGCGCCUUAUAUAUGGAUCAACAUUGAGCCGCAACAGGUCUCGCAACCAUAGACAUAUAUACGUAGACGCCUCAUGACAUGCUGGAACGGAAUCCAGCGUCGCCGCCAUAUUGGAUGGGUCUCCUCACUCCAGGCUAAAUUAACUACACUGGAGUUCCAGAGUUACAGUUACAGCCAGCACACGCAAGAAUCUGCAAAACAGUUAUUUUUCAAGGUUUUAGCUCCCCAGCCCCAGUUCAAGCCUAACAUGGUAGUAUAAGACCCUGGAAUGAUCUGGAUUUAUUUAUUUAUUUUUAGAUUUUUUUAUAGAUAUAUUUAUUGAGGACAAUAAGAGAAAAAAAAAGGGUUUCAGACCCUUGGUCUAAUGGAUAACGUAACCCCAGCCUCUACUGUAGCGCCUUAUAAUGCGGUGCGCCUUAUAUAUGGAAAAAAAGUUUUAAAAUACGUCAUUCAUUGAGGUGCGCCUUAUAAUGCAGAAAAUACGGUACUUACAGAUGAGAGGUAAUGUCGCACAUCUCCAUUAUAAUAACAGAUCAGAAAAGAGAGAAGGGAUUUUAUUAAUUUUCAGCCAACUUCGUGUUAUUACAGAAGAAAUAAAAAUAUUCAGGAGGCCUCAGUGUGUCAUACUUCACCUAAUAAUCAACCUCAGAAUGAGGGCGGGACAGCUUGCUGCUUAGCUGUCAGGAACUAAAAGGAAAUAUUAUAAAUGUAAAUCUUUUGUCAUCUUUUGUUUUUAAAAUCUGGACUUAUGCCUUGUGCUAUUUUUGGAGUGGCUCCCAACGUCAUAGGAGUGUUCAAGGUUCAAAAGCCUUGUUACAAGAAUAAUGAUGUCAAAUAAAAAAGCAAAAAACAAAAGUAACUUUACAGCUCACUUCUCAAGAGUUUCAGUGUUAUUAUGUUAGUAAUUUUCUUUUAAUUUCGUAAUAUUUUAACGUUAUAAUAUUUAUUUGUGCAAUUUUCUUCUGUCCUACUGUUUGACAUCUUUGACAACUAACUGUCUAUAACAAGAGCAAUUUAUUAUAGAAACAGUUAUGUUGUUCAGAUAGAGCCCAGACAGUUGGUUGCCUGUUUCCUAUUGUUUUUUUUAAGUAGUUGAUUUCAAAUUUAGGGCAGUUAAAGCAUUUUGGUGUGCAGAAGCUGGAUUUCAACACGAGCUGCUGAACGCACUGACUUGGCAGCAGUGGAACUCUCGUGUGACGUUAGUGUCUGCCGCAGUCUCACCAAACCAGUUUUGACUUUUAGGAAAAUAACGAGAUACGAAACAAGGCAGGAGGAUCGUUUUUUGUUCAAAAGCGUGAGCCAAAUCAAACAGCAUCACGGGUACGAAAUGUAAAGCAGCUGUGGUCCUGGUAGGAUUUCAGCAGAAACUAGCUGGGAACAUCCUAGAAAAUCUUUCAUGGAAAUUCAAACGGUGAAAUGAAAGAAUUGUCCCAAUUUGGAAUCAAGUCGUUUAUGUUUCACUGUUUUGCAGAAUAUUGUUAAAGAAACACGAAUCCAUCACUCGCCUGUUAAGUUGUCAAGGAAUUUGUUUUGUUUUCCUUUUUUUUUUAAGCAAUCUUACAUUGUUAUUAUGAAUAUAAUUAUUAAUAUUAUUUACUGGCCACCAUGUAAACAUAUUUUGUACUUGUUAGGUAAAGAUUACCAUAAAUCAAAUAUUUUUACUUACUGUAUUAUUAUUAUUAAUAUCACCACAACUUCCUUGGACUCAGAUAAUGUAGCUCCAUUCCUGGUGUUGUGCAUAGGAUUCUGGGAAUAAUCUGUGCACGUGAGGGGAGGAAUGCUCAGGCCAGAGAUUCAACUUAAUUUGCAACGCUGAUUAAAUAUGACUGGCCUAACAAAGAUUAUCCCGAAAGAUGUUUUUUCCACCUCAGUCUGGUUGGAGGCUGAGACGCCAUUUAGCUCAUGGAAUUCCUAUGGAAAGUUCCCAACUUCCCAAAUUCCCACAAUGUUUUGACCCUAGCUGUUAUCCAGCACGUUGAGUCACUCAAUCUGGAGAUGAGCCAGGAUGGAAAGAGUGAUGACAGCUAUAUCUACCGACGAGGAGCUGCGCUGGAGUGGAAAGCUCUCCAAACAAGUUUCCUCACAACAUCCACAGAAUCUUACAAGUUAAAGGAUUUUCUUACAUUCACCACCAAUUUCUUAGCAUUUUCCUUUUUAAGAUUAAAGGCCAUUUAAAAGGAGAAGAGAUAAAAAAAAACCCAGACGUUUUUUCUUGAAAGCCACUGAGGACAUCACAGAACUGUUUCCACAUGCCCAGCAGGACUUCCCAUGAGUCGUCAGCUCGUAUAUAAAACUGCUGGAGUUACUCUUUGUUCCUGUUUAUUGACACUGCAGGGCCCCGACUGUGCUGAAAUUAAGUAUAAGUACAUAAGUAAAAGUAAAUAACUUGAAAAAAAAUUCUGUUACCACGUGUGCUUUACUCAGGUUCUUUAUUUAUAAUGUCAAUUGUACAUAAGAAGAAGCACAAUACUUUUUAAAAAAUA